AAAUUUAUUCGCAUUUGUAUCUACUGUAGAUUGUAAAUAUAGAAUAUAGAUAAAAAGUUUGAAGUCAAGUUGUAUUUAUUUCAUUCUAGAAAUAAUUUAAAAUUACAAAUUGGUUCUUUUAAAAUUUUAACAUUAAAGGUUUAUAUAAUUUUGUUUUUGUUUAAACGAAUAUUGGCUAAUGCAUAUCAAAUCUGUGAUUUAAUUAAAAAAAAUCGCAGAUCUUUGGAAACUGAGGUAUUUGUUGGGACAAUUGUGACUUAAAUUCCAAAUGUAGACCUGGUUAAAACUUUGUUUAUAAUGGAUAUUAUUAAAGCAGAGAUAGAAAGGAAACGGAAAAUACUGUUAGAGAAAGGUCUCGUGGAUAAGAAGAAAAGGUAUUUUAAAGGCAGCGAUUUAAAUGAUAAAACAUCGGAAACGACAACAAAUGGUGUUCCAAAUAAUGAAGCCAACGCAACUCAUUUAGAUUUGAAAUCUGAAGGUCAAACAAAAAUCUUAAUUGAUGGUCAUUUAAUAUUACCUCGUCAUGAGGUUAUUAGACGAUUACGAGAAAGAGGUGAGCCUAUCUUACUAUUUGGUGAGAGUGAUGUAGAAUCCUUUAAACGCCUAAGACAGAGUGAGAUUUCUCAACCAGAAUCUAAUAGAGGAUUUCGAAAUGAUUUUCAAGAGGCAAUGGAUGCUGUUGAUCAAGCAUACUUGAAAGAAAUUUUAGAAACAGUGUCUCCAACAAAAUCGGAAAAAAAAGACGAAGAAUCGCAAUUAGAUGCCAGCAUAAAUUGGGAAACGAUUAAAGAAAUGGCUAAAGGGAUGGGUCGUGGUAAUAAAGAAAAAGAUUUACAUAUUAUAGAAACACUGUUGCAGUUUUUAUUAAAAAACUGGAGUGAUCAAAUUAAUUCCUAUUCGGCACAAGAAAAAAUGACAACUAAGGUAAAAAUGGCAAGAGUAAUAUAUACACAAACCAAGGAGUAUUUAAAACCUUUAUUUAGAAAAUUAAAACACAAAACUUUGCCUGAAGAUAUUUUGGACAGUUUGCGUGACAUUGUGAAGCACCUAUUAAAUAGAAAUUACAUAGCUGCAAGCGAUGCCUAUUUAGAGAUGGCAAUAGGUAAUGCUCCUUGGCCGAUUGGUGUUACAAUGGUAGGAAUACAUGCUCGAACAGGAAGAGAAAAAAUUUUUGCUAAAAAUGUUGCUCACGUCAUGAAUGACGAAACACAGCGCAAAUACAUACAAGGUUUGAAAAGGUUAAUGACGAAAUGUCAGGAAUAUUUUCCAACAGAUCCUUCUAGAUGUGUAGAAUAUGUUAGUAAAAAAGAUCAACCACAGAAUAUGUAAUCUUAGAUUGAAAUAUUAAUUAUAUAUUUUGGAAAUCGACUAUUAUUAGUUUACAAAAUAUUAAAUAAUGAUACCAAGAGCCAAAAUCGUAUCGCUAAUUGAUAAAAACAAUUCGACUAU